AUGUCCAAGCUGCUUACGCUGUUGUUUCUUGGUUGCUUCUGCUCCCUUGCAGUUGCAUGGAAAGAUCCUAAUGACAAUUGUGUAUUCUCCAUACCUUCUACUGAAGAUCAAGGCAACUGUGUCAACUAUGACCUCUCAAAACUUGCAGGAAUGGGCCCAAAAUCAUUUGUGGCCAAUGGCUACAACUACCUCCUGGGUCUGUGUGGAAACAUUCCUGAUUCAAUGAUCCCUAAGCAGUGUAUGCAGGUCAACUCUACCUUUGGGCCUGCAGUUGCUUACCAGUUCACUGCCGAUAGCUGCUAUGCGAUGGGAAAGCUGGAUGCCUCAUUCAUGUUCCCUGUUGAUGCGUCCAACAGUUCUGCUGGAUUAAGGAUUGUGUAUGGAAAAGGAGAGACAAGUGCCAGCGAGAGUGACCCAUGGCCAAGGGCCGUCAUUUACGAUUUUGAGUGCAACACUGAGGCACUUGUUGACAGCAACCCACUCACUCUAGUAGAGUUCCCAGGCUAUACAUACACUGUUCAUUGGGGAAUGUAUAGCGUUCCAGCAUUUAAGAAUGAGUGGUACUGGAAGCGUUUGAUGUCUGGUGAGGCUGAGUACGUAGAGUUCCACAACAAAAACUACGGCUGCUCUGGUGUCAUGCCUGAAAAGUUCCCAUGCACAGGACCGAAGUUUCCCGACUUUGCGCCAAUGUUUAAAGCUGAGCUGUUUCAACCAGAUGAGUGGGCAGACCUCUUCAAAAUGGCCGGAGCAAAGUAUGUGGUCCUGACAUCCAAACACCACGAAGGUUGGUGCAACUUCCCUAACUCUUACCACUGGAACUGGAACAGUGUGGACGUUGGACCCAACCGUGACCUCGUUGGAGAUCUGACCAAUAGCGUGCGAACUGCUGGGUUACAUAUGGGCCUGUAUCACAGUCUACGAGAGUGGUACCACCCUCUGUACGAGAUGGAUAAUAAAGAUAACUGUAGCGGGACUCUCUUCCCAGAUCAGGUGCUGUUACCAACACUCAAAGAGAUGGUGGAGCAAUACAAGCCUGAAGUGAUAUGGGCCGAUGGUGCCGGUGAUGCCCCCUGUACCCACGACUCCAUCAAGUACUGGAAGUCUCCGCAGUUUCUCAGCUGGCUGUACAACGAGAGUCCUGUGAAAGAUUCUGUGUUGGUUAACUCCAGGUGGGGCAGACCCGCCAUAGGAGACUAUCAGACAGGUGGUGACAGGUACACUCCAGGGAAGCUGGUGCCUUACAAGUGGGAGAGUUGCUACACCAUUCAGAUGAGUUCAUGGGGCUACGAUCGAACCGAGGGAAUAACACGGUUCUGGAACACCACCCGUCUCCUAUGGCAACUUGCCUCCUCUGUCUCCUGUAAUGGUAACCUCCUCCUGAACGUGGGACCAACAGCUGACGGACGUAUUGUCCCUGCUUUUGAGGAGCGCCUCCUUGACAUGGGUACAUGGCUAAAGCUCAAUGGAGAAGCCAUUUACGAAACUGUGCCUUGGAAGUUCCAAAAUGACACAGCAGCACAGGACAUCUGGUACACUGCCACUAAAGAAAUUGUGGAUCCCAUAGUCUAUGCUAUCUGCUUCAGACCACCUACACCAGGUGGGACCAUUGUUCUAAAGCAGAUCCAGAAAGCACAGGAGACCUAUCUCCUUGGUUACGGGGACAAUGCACUCUCAGCCAUGUCUGGCCCAAAUGGACUUUCCAUAACGUUCCCUGAAGAUGUACCUCUAGGCAGUCUACAACAUGCCUGGGUCUUCAAACUGUUGCAUGUACAGUAGUUCAAGCUAAGCUAGCAGCUAUAUAGACGCAUUAGCUUACUGCUUUUUUACGAGUAUAACUGUAUAGUAGAUCUCUAUAAACCUUGAUCUACCUUAAGGUGACAUAUUUUCACACAGGUAGAUUUGUUUGUGUUUUUACAGUUUUGUACAUUUUGCUGGUAUAAUUUUUUGCGAAAUGUC